AUGAGACCCCAAUACACCCUAGCACUUCCUGGACAAGGAGUUGUCCGCAGCACGCUAUUGUCUCCGUACAAGAAGUACAGAUCGCUCUACAAGCCCCUAUUACAGGAGAUCGACAGUGCGUUGAACGAGCCUAUUAGCAUCCACCUCGAAGCCGAGAAUGGAGCUUCGGAGUGGCUCCAACACACCUCCAAUGCCCAGCCUGCGAUCCUCGCCACCUCCUACAUCAUCCACCAUAUCCUCAAGCAUGAGCAUGGCAUCGAUUUGGCUGGGAAUGCGCUGUACCUCAUGGGACACUCUCUUGGCGAGUACACUGCUCUUGUGCUUAGUGGAGUGUUUGAUCUUGCAUCUGGGGUCCAAAUAGUCCGCAAACGGGGCCAAUUGAUGGAGGACGUGGUAGAAUCAGCAUCUGGCGCUGCUGGGGCUUCAGGGAAUGAGACUAAACCGGGGUACUCGAUGCUGGCUCUUCUUUUUGCCAGUAGCCACAAGCUCCUACCAGUGCGAGCUCGCGCAAUCGAACAGGGCCUUCUUGCCAACGACAACUCCAGCACCCAGCUCGUGAUCUCCGGUGAAACUGGUGCCGUGGACAAGUUUAUAGAAUCUGCCAAUAGUGCCUCGAGGAUAAUUUCUCGAGCCACUCGUCUCCCGGUUAGUAUUCCGUUCCAUAACCGCAUUCUUGCACAGAUCGAGCCAGCAUUGGCCAACUACAUUAACACAUUCAAGCACAGCGAACCAGCAGUGCCUAUUGUGUCCAACCUCACUGGGAAACCUGUACUGGAUGCUGCGUCUGCGAUCGCCAAUGUGGUACUCCAGACCCACAGCACGGUUCAGUGGGCACAAUCGGUGGAUUUCGUGCACCAGCAAGGCGUGGACCAAAUGGUGUGCUUAGGGCCCGGAAAGGUGCUCGAGGGUCUCUUGCGCAGGAGCAGCAUACUGGGAAUUGCAGUGGAUACUCCAGAUACAUUUGGUGGGUUGAGUGAAUUCUUCAACCAACUGUAA